AGAGAGCGAUUACAGCCUCAGGUUACAUGUGAAAGUAAUCCAUCUAUUAGCUUGUUAGCAGCUAACGUUAGUAGGACAACACAACAUCCUACUUCCUUACACCCGGCUAACAUGAGUCUGAGGGAGGGAUAUUGUCGUUGCUCGUGAGCCUUAUCGAUACAAACCUUAAGGAUUCCGUAAUUUAAACCUUAAUUCAAUGGACUGCGAGUGAGAAACUGGAUGACGUCAUCAUCAUGCCAUCCGAAAAGUUGCAGAAAAAAAAUGGCCAGUACAUUGAAUUGGGCAGUUACCAGUAUUGGCCAGUCCUGGUGCCCAGAGGGAUCCGCCUGUACACUUAUGAGCAGGUGCCUGGCUUUCUUAAAGAAAACGCUUAUAUCACGGAUGGCUACAGAGCCUAUCUCACCUCUAGACUGUGCAUUAAAAGCCUUUUCAUUCUGUCCAAUGAGACGGUAAACAUCUGGAGCCACCUGUUGGGCUUCUGCUUAUUCUUCGCAUUGGGAGUUUAUGAUUUGCUGGCUGUGCUGCCUACCAUAGGAGCGUCCAGAGAGGAUUAUGUCAUCUAUUCUAUAGGACUGUUCUGCUUCCAGAUGUCAAUGCUGUGUUCUGCGGGCUAUCACCUGUUCUGCUGUCACCGUUCCGAAAAGACCAGCCGCCGCUGGAUGGCGUUGGACUACGCUGGCAUCUCCAUUGGAAUCAUAGGCUGUUACGUUCCAGGAGUGUUCUACGCUUUCUACUGCAAUAACUACUGGCGGCAGGUGUACCUGGUAACUGUUCUGGCUAUGAUGCUGGCGGUGUUCUUCGCCCAGAUACACCCUCAUUACUUGACCAAGAAGUGGCAGCAGCUACGCUCCGUUAUAUUCUGUGCUGUCGCAGGAUACGGCCUAAUCCCAACUGUUCAUUGGAUCUGGCUCAGCGGGGGGUUCAGUGCAGACAUAGUCCAGGAAUUUGUUUUCCGGGUGCUGAUAAUGUACGUACUUGCUGUAGCCGCUAUCGUCUUCUAUACCUCCAAAGUCCCAGAGCGGUAUUUUCCAGGUCAGCUGAACUAUCUGGGCUCCAGCCAUCAGAUUUGGCACAUAUUGGUUGUGCUUAUGUUCUACUGGUGGCAUCAGUCUGCACAUUCCUUAACCAACCACCGUCAUUCUCACCCUUGCCCAGACUACCCUCGUCCUUCCUAGAGUAAUAGGCUUGUGUCACCAAUGAGGACCGUUAUUUGCUGUUUUAAAAUAUAUUUAGGCUUCAACACAGUUAUUGUUUAUAUGUUUGCGAGUUGUAUGGAUUUUUUUAAUUGUUGGCAAUUUUGACAUUUUAUAAAUGUUGUAAAAGUGCCUAUAGCUGUGGCUAUCUAAAUAGUUAUAAAAAGGCUAUAAACACAUAUUGUGAAGCAGAUUUAGGAUUUUCAUAUUUAAGGCGAAGCAUCCUUUCAUGGCAUCUGCCAGGGGCUGGGUUUCUAUGUCUUAAGUGUGAAGGGAUUGUUACAUAAUAGUUAUGCAUUCAGUAUUGUUUGUUCAUACUAUUUCAGUUUCUUCUUUUUGUAUUUGUAUCUAGAAUACAGGCCUACUCACAACCAUUUGCUGGAACAUGUUUUACUGUAAACGUAUGUACACUACACUAUAUUAGUCUCAUUUGUAAACCAAAAUAAACCAAAGAAGUUCAGUAGAUGUUGUUCCUUGGUAAGCAAGUAUUUAAUGGGUACCUGCAUUUGUAAACUUGUACAAUUUGUGUUGCAGUUGGAAGAUGUCUUGUUCACUUUUUAUCUUAAUCUGGGGCUGGUUGCAUAAACUGCUUAGACUAGUCUUAGAAGUUAGUCAUAUAGUUUUUUAACGUCUUUAAAUCUAUCGCAUCAAUGUCAGAUUAGGCUUAUUGAAAUAUGAAGAGCCUGAUUAGUCCUAACUAAUUGCUAGUCAGUGAGACUUGUUGUUAAAACACAGUCUUAACUUGGCGGCUACAUUUAUGGAAAUGGGCCCUGGACGUCCUAAAAUAGAAUUUAACUUGUGUGGGUUUAUAAUGUUAAACUGAGGAAUGGGAUAUGUUUUAAAGAUACUACGACUUUGUGGAAUACAACUACAUGUUCCUCAAUAAUAACCUAUAGAUUUUAUUUUAUUGUUGGCUAGUUUGACAUUUUACUUGACAGGUUGAUAUGUAAAAAUGUUUCUGAGCUGUUACUGAAUCAUAAGUGCAUAAAUUAUGGCUAUUUUUAUUUAUUUUUACCACAUAUGUUGGGAUAUGCCUAUCCAUAAAAGAGGAAUAAUCCAGAUUUAUCUGAAUAAAUGUUUGUUUUUUCUUUAAUGUAAAUUCUGCUCACUCCAUUUCAUGGAAAUAAAUGAUGUUAACUGUUAUUAAGA